AUGCCAAAACUUCGGACUUCUCACCCGAGUCCGGGUGACCCGUCAACAAGCCGAACUGUUAGGGGAGGAAAGCCGCGCAUGAAGAAGAUCUCCAAUAUGAAGCGGAAACUCGGACGUCCCAUUGGUAUCACUCGUCGAACGGCUACUGGGAAUAAAUUAUCGAAACGGUUCGUUGGAAUCCGAAUGGCAAGGGCCCAGAAAGGACGAGGACGAGGUAGACUGCGAAAAACUGGCCCAUCAACUCACACACCUCUCAAUCGUAGCCCUAAUGGCAAGCUGUCACCCAUCAAAACACGAAGACUUCACAAAUCAAAACAGCUCAACGUGUCCAGAUGCACUAUUUGCAAGUCUUCUGAUGGUAAUCUCUCGCCUUGCUUCCAGUGCCAUAAAUUAUGUGAGUUUUUAUUACUUUUUCGACAAAAAUAA